ACCUCUGAAUUUCCUGUGAUAGUAUUUCUGUAUGCAAUUUUAAUGCAUUUCUCAGCAUACAUGAAAGUGCUGACAUAGCUAAGAAGUUAUUCUGGUUUUUGUUCUUCAGUUGCUAAAAAACAGAAAUUACAUUUGGACACAAUUUUCCUAGUAGUAGUUUAUACAUGUGAGCAGUUUACUUUCAGCCUUUAAGAGUGAACAACAUAAUAUUUGUUUAAUGUGAGGAAGCAGGGGUAAGUGAUCUGCAAUCAGAAAGCUUGUAUUAAAAUGGCUCCCACAGGUUUUGUUAAACCAGGAUCUGUUUCAAAUCUGCACCUCCAGACACGCUGCUGACAGUGAAGCGCAUUUGUGUGAGCUGCCCUCGUGCAUGUAAUGAAACAGAGCAUCGUGAGUCUGUUAAAAGUUCACUAUUUUCAACCACUGGAGUGUAAUUCUUUUAUAGCUCACAAAAAACAAAUGUCUGCAUUGCAGCAAGAUGUCUGAGGCAAGGUAGAGACAGCAGCGUUGUGCCUCGGCUCAGCCCAAUGGCGCUGCUCCGCCAGCGCCGGAGCCAAUUGCCGCAGCAGGCAGGUUAAAGAUUGACAAUUGCAGUGGCAGGGCUGAGAAAGGCCUUCUGGAAAUUUCUGCCAUCUUUGUUCCAUCUAAGCAAAGCAAAUUCAGCCAAGCUGAAGGAUUUCAGAUGUAUAUAUUUUUUGGUGCUUUGUCAAGGUACAGUGUUAGCGCUCGCUUCCCUAGGUUGCGUAAUAAGCUGUUUUUUUCUGUUCAGGACAGAUGGAAUGUGGGUUUUUGUUUUAAGUGACAGAUGCAGGGAAAAAGCACGUAUGCUUUCUCCCCAAGAUUUUACUGGCCUGGAUCUUGUUACAAUCACAAUUAGACAGGACAUGUAUGAAGCAAUGCAGCUGAGGUUUAUUCAGCUUGGAGCAAAUGGCCAUUAUUCUGAUUAUAACUAGCAGUUAAUCGUAUAAUUACACUGUAAGUUUUCUGGCUACUAGAGAGUAAUUUGAAUUGCCCAGGAUGAAUAUGAUUAGGCAUUAUUAUUUAGUGCCAACAUCCAGUUACUUUUGUAAUUAACUGGACAAAGAAUGGAGUGGGGGGAAAACAAAGGAGUGAUCUGGAUUAUAAAUCAUGGUGAAAACAGUAGCUUUUUAAAAGCUACAUGCCUUUUUCAUUCUUUGCAGGCAAACUGUUUUACUUGGAAGCUAAAUAGUGCUAGGGAAAAGCUGAGUAAUUUCUUUAAACAAAUGACACUACUUAACAUAUUGGAAAUGAAAAAAAUGCAGAGUAUAAAACACUCCAAAUGUAACAGUCACCCCCCCUCGCAGUAGGUAGGAGUAUGAAAUGUAGCAGAAAACCUACGUUGCUACUAAGGGAGCAUGUAAUGAAAGGAACUUCAUGCUCAAAAAACAGAAAUAGAUAGAUUACAUUACAAAUUUAGCCCUUCAUAUCAUGUCCACAGACUUCAAUUGGCUUGGCUUCCUGAGCUGUCUUCCAUUUUGUGGUAUCACUUUUGCUUGAGGUUUUUGUUGUUGUUUUGUUUUGUUUCUGGUUUUGUUGCUUUGUUUCUCGUGUUCUGCCUUGCUUUCCAGUGUAUUGUGUUGUAUCACUUCCCAGCUACUGUGGAUCCAGUAGCUGAAAAGUGAUAGCUGGUGGUUAGUUUUCCAUAGUGGUGGUACUACUCCAGUAUAAUUGGUUAAAGGGAGAUAAAUCUCAGAAGGUCUCAUCUCUCUGAAAUUCAGGUAUUAAUUUGGUUUUCCUAAAUAUCUUGAAAGUUGAACAAAACCUUUGCCCAUAUGAAAUGGAGUAGACAGCAGUUUUCAAAUUUUGUUAUUUGUGGAUCCCCAGUAUUUUUCCCAUGGGGACUUGAAUCCCAUUAGAGUGACUUUAAGCCUGUUAGACUAGGUUUGAUUUACUUGGUUAUUGUCUGCAAACCCCUUUGUGGUGGCACACUGGCUUUGAGGGGUCUGCAGACUGGAAACCAGCAGUAGGCCAUCAAGCUUGGCCCUUUAAAUUGUAUUCAGAAAGUAAUUUAAAUACAUUUGUUAAUAAACAUGUCUUGUGUUCAUGGGUUAAAGACUGAUUUAGCCAUAGCUACAUAGGAAGUGAGUUUCAUGUAUUUGGUAGUUGUCUGUCAUUCUCAUGUUAACCCUUUAUUGUCUGUUGUCAGAGCAUCUGUGCUUCACACUGUGAGGUUAAAACCAUGCUGUAACAGGAUGUUACCAUUCUUAAUUCAGCUGAUAUAAACCUUUACUUUCAAGCAUGAUUGUUCUCAAAUUAUAUUUGUAGCAUCUAAAAUCUGUAGCUAUUUGCUUGCCUUGCUUGGGCCUCAGCUGUAUAGUUUAUAGACUUAAAGAUGACUGUGAGGCACCAAGGAUCCCCCUCCCUCCCCUGAUUUUUCUCUUUUGUGCAGCUAUUUUAAAUGGACAACGAAUAAGUGUAAGGUUUUAAAAAGAACUGAAAUGUUCUUUAAAUGAAAAAUAGUUACUUUGCUUGUUAUUACAGGUAACCAGCUUAAACAUUGCUGUACAUAGAUAUCUGAAUGAGCCUUUUGUGUAUAUUAAUUACUUAAUACAGAGUCUUAUUUACUUAAUACACAUGGUGCACUUUGCAAGGAAUUCUGCAAAAGGAAAUGCAAAACAUGAGGUGCUCACACUGGAGGGUGAAGCUAAAAUUGAGUGAUUUCCUUAGUAACCUGUGACUUCACAAAUCUCCCUAUCUUGUGCCUUUUUAGUUAAACGUUCGGAUGUCAGGUGUCCUUUGGUCCUUCUUUACCAUUUCUGAUAUUUAGAUGCUGGCUUUGAAUCUUGCCCUGCUGUGUAAACAGGAGCUGCUGGUAUUGAACAAAGUGCUACCAUUUUAGCUCCAGAGCAGGAGUGAGGCAGUGCAGUGCUGGCAGACGCCAUUUUAAGAGCCCUGCAUAAAUAGCAUAGCUACCGAUGAGUAAGAGACUGUUAUAGCUUGGCUGAAGAGGAAAUAAAGGCAGAGCAGGAGGUGGUGGAGGGGAUGGACAUCUCCACUCGAUCCAAAGAUCCUGGCUCUGCUGAACGUGCAGCACAAAAAAGGAAAUUUCCCAGCCCUCCACAUUCCUCCAAUGGCCACUCACCUCAAGAUGCAUCAACAAGUCCUAUAAAAAAGAAAAAGAAGCCUGGUCUAUUGAACAGUAAUAAUAAAGAGCAGUCAGAACUAAGACAUGGUCCGUUUUACUAUAUGAAGCAGCCACUCACCACAGACCCUGUUGAUGUUGUACCACAGGAUGGACGGAAUGAUUUCUAUUGCUGGGUUUGUCAUCGGGAAGGCCAAGUCCUCUGCUGUGAACUCUGUCCUCGGGUUUAUCAUGCUAAGUGUCUGAAACUGACAGCCGAACCAGAGGGGGAUUGGUUUUGCCCAGAAUGUGAGAAAAUCACAGUUGCAGAAUGCAUAGAAACACAGAGUAAAGCAAUGACAAUGCUCACCAUCGAACAGCUAUCAUAUCUACUGAAGUUUGCACUACAGAAAAUGAAACAGCCAGGGACAGAGCCAUUUCAAAAGCCAGUUUCACUGGAUCAACACCCAGAUUAUGCAGAAUAUAUCUUUCAUCCAAUGGACCUUUGUACAUUAGAGAAGAAUGUUAAAAAGAAAAUGUACGGUUGCACUGAAGCAUUUUUGGCUGAUGCCAAAUGGAUUUUGCACAACUGCAUUAUUUACAAUGGGGGAAAUCACAAAUUGACACAAACAGCAAAAGUCAUCAUCAAAAUCUGUGAGCAUGAGAUGAAUGAAAUUGAAGUAUGUCCGGAAUGUUAUUUAGCUGCUUGCCAAAAACGCGAGAAUUGGUUUUGUGAGCCUUGUAGCAAUCCCCACCCUUUGGUCUGGGCUAAACUCAAAGGCUUUCCAUUCUGGCCUGCUAAAGCACUGAGGGAUAAAGAUGGGCAAGUCGAUGCCCGUUUCUUUGGCCAACAUGACAGGGCCUGGGUUCCAAUAAAUAAUUGCUACCUCAUGUCUAAAGAAAUUCCUUUUUCUGUGAAAAAGACUAAAAGCAUCUUCAAUAGUGCAAUGCAAGAAAUGGAGGUUUAUGUUGAUAACAUUCGUAGAAAAUUUGGAGUAUUUAAUUAUGCACCGUUCCGGACACCAUAUACUCCCAACAAUCAAUACCAAAUGUUGUUAGACCCUGCAAACCCAGCUGCUGGAACUGCAAAGACAGACAAACAAGAGAAAAUCAAACUGAAUUUUGAUAUGACAGCAUCACCCAAGAUUCUGAUGAGCAAGUCCAUGCUGGGCAGUAGCACAGGUCGCAGGAUUUCACUGACAGAUAUGCCACGGUCACCAAUGAGUACAAACUCCUCAGUUCACACUGGCUCUGAUGUUGAACAGGAUGCAGAGAAAAAAGCAACUUCCAGUCAUUUUAGUGCCAGUGAAGAAUCCAUGGACUUCAUUGAGAAAAAUACAGCUUCUCCAGCACCAACAAGAACAGGUCAAUCAGGGAGCUUGUCAGGCAGCCCCAAGCCUUUCUCUCCUCAAGCAUCAACACCAAUUUCUGCUAAGCAAGAAAGAACUUCCACACCAGGAAGCAUUCUGAAUCUUAACCUUGAUCGCAGCAAGGCCGAGAUGGAUCUGAAGGAGCUGAGUGAGUCUGUGCAGCAGCAGAGCACCCCCGUGCAGCUCAUCUCCCCCAAGCGCCAAAUCCGCAGCCGGUUCCAGCUCAACCUUGACAAGACCAUCGAGAGCUGUAAGGCACAGCUGGGAAUAAAUGAAAUAUCUGAAGCUGUUUAUACUGCAGUAGAACACAGUGAUUCUGAAGAUUCUGAAAAAUCUGAUACCAGUGACAGUGAAUAUAGCGAUGAGGAUCAGAAAUCAAAGAAUGAUCAAGAGGAUGGGGAGGACAAGGAAGGUGCAAGAAGUGACAAAGAAUCACUGAGCUUGAAAAAAAAACCUAAGCCUCCAGCACAGAAUGAAGACAAGGAGGAACUUAAAAGCACAAGUCCAGAAGUGGAGAAAACAGAAGAACCAGUCAAGGAAAAGGCUGUUUCAGACACUGAAAAAGAAUUUUCUGAAAAGGGAAAGAGUUUACAGCAUCCUGCAAAAGAAAAGCUGAAAGGGAAAGAUGAAACAGACUCUCCAACUGUGCAUCUAGGACUGGACUCUGAUUCUGAGAGUGAACUUGUCAUCGAUCUAGGAGAUGAUCAUUGUGCUCGUGAAGGAAGGAAAAACAAGAAAGAAUCUAAAGAAUCUUCUCCUAAACAAGAUGUUGUAGGUAAAACUCCACCUUCCUCCAGUGCAAGCACCCAGCCUCUACCAGAAACUCCAGUGCUCACCCGCUCGGCGUCGCAGACCCCCCCAGCUGGUGUGACAGCAACCACCAGUGCUGCUUCUAGUGUCAGUGCUCCCUCUGCUGCCACAGGGAGCCCUGUGAAAAAGCAGAGGCCUCUGCUGCCCAAGGAAACCGCCCCUGCUGUGCAGAGGGUGGUGUGGAAUUCUUCAAAUAAAUUCCAGACAUCUUCUCAGAAGUGGCACAUGCAGAAGGUGCAGAGGCAGCAGCAGCAGCAGAGCCAGCAGUCUCAGUCCCAGCAGCCUCAGUCCUCUCAGGGGACAAGAUACCAGACAAGACAAGCAGUUAAAGCUGUGCAGCAAAAAGAGAUCACCCAGAGCACUUCCACAUCCACUAUAACCUUGGUCACAAGCACUCAGCCUAUUUCCAUGGUUACCAGCUCUGGAUCUGCAAGCACACUUUCUUCUUCACUCAGCACAGACUUGCCAAUUGCAACAGCUUCAGCUGAUGUGGCUGCAGAUAUUGCUAAAUACACCAGCAAAAUGAUGGAUGCCAUCAAAGGAACAAUGACUGAAAUAUAUAAUGAUCUUUCAAAAAAUACUACUGGAAGUACAAUAGCUGAGAUUCGGCGUUUGAGGAUUGAGAUAGAAAAACUUCAAUGGUUACAUCAACAGGAACUUUCAGAAAUGAAACAUAAUCUAGAACUGACAAUGGCUGAAAUGCGUCAGAGCCUGGAACAGGAACGGGAUCGUUUGAUUGCUGAGGUGAAGAAGCAGCUGGAAUUGGAAAAGCAACAAGCAGUGGAUGAGACCAAGAAGAAGCAGUGGUGUGCCAACUGCAAGAAAGAGGCCAUCUUUUAUUGCUGUUGGAAUACCAGCUACUGUGACUACCCCUGCCAACAAGCUCACUGGCCUGAGCAUAUGAAAUCUUGCACACAGUCAGCUACUGCGACACAGCAAGAAACAGAUACUGAAAUUAGCACAGAAACACUAAAUAAAUCCUCCCAGCCCAGUUCAAGCGUGCAGUCUACACCCACAGAAACAGCCAGCACUCCUAAGGAAAAGGAAGGCUCAGCUGAUAAAAGCAAAGAGAGUGUUACAGACCCAUCAGUGUAGCUUCUGGUCUGGAUCUUUCGAUACAAGUUGCCUUCUGAUAAGCAAUACUGACUGCAGCACUUCCAAGCCCUUCUUGCCUGGGGGUUCAGAGGCCAAGCUCAAGACCUGCAUUGAAACCAACUUACUUUCUCACCACAGACUGCCAUUAGGGUACCACAAUGUUCCAUAACACUGAUACAACACUUCACCUGGAUCUACGGUUAAUGGAGCAGUUAUGAAAUCCUCCAUAGCAUCUACUCUGAUAGUUUUCAGUAGGCAAGGAUGAGCAAAUGCUCUAAAAAGAAAGGGACUUAACAUUGCAUAUAUAGAAAAUGUUUAUAGAGAAGAUUCUGCUUUAUAGGUAGGGCUUGACUAUUAGCAAUUUCGGCAUCAGUUUUUUUCUGCCCUUGCAAGAUUUAUUAAAUGAAAAAUUUUAGUGGGAGGGUGGGGCUGAUCCUUCAAACCCUUACACAUGAUCCUCCACAUCAGUAGGAGCCUUGUUGUAUUUUAAAAUAUUAAAAGCAAACUAAUUUUGUAGUAUUGUGAUUCCAGCAUGAUGUCUCAUCGAGAUAGUCCUGUAGAAUUGGGAAGCAUAGUAAUUUAGAGAGCUGUGUUCAUUUCUUGACACUUUUGCUACUGUCUGGUGUUAGAUCUCUGGGCUUGAAAUGUCAUCUAAGGGAGUAACUUGGGGAAUUGAAGGGGGGAAAAGGAGAUGCUGUUUCACUUAAAUGUUUUGAUGAAGUUGGUUAAACUCUGGCUCACUCAUUUAAUGUUUGUAUGCAUUGUUAUGGCAGCACAAGCUUUGUAUUACUGGGGAGGUAGGGAAUGUGAGAAAAAAACCUGCCAGGGAAUAUUCCAGUUACACAGAUAUGGAAUUGCUUUUAUAUAGAUGUUCUACCUGAAACAUCAUGCUGUAUACAUUGAUCAUGUUCAUAAUUUGAAUUUUGUUUUAUUAACAAAGAAGUAACCCGUGAAUUCAUUAAGAUGCAAAUUUUUAACACAAAGAAAACUCCAACACAAAUUGCAUAUCAUAACAAUAAUAAUGUAACAACUAGGUGGAAUUUAUGUACAAGCUGAGGCUUCUACUGAGGUUGCCUGUGCUGUCUCUGCAGAUAGCAACAGGUGUGACAAGCACCCAGCCUAUAAAACUGGUCCAGGUACCGCAGACCACCACCUAUAUUCCAACUACUCAACCCACAAUUGUAAGUACAGCAUCAUCAUUUAAAGUCUGCAGCAAUGCUGUUCCUGGCAUUAAAAUUGUUCAGUAUCUCUGGGGGGUUGUCUCCGUCUGCUGUUGUAUCAAGAGAUGAAUUCACUGGUAUAGUCUCAAUUUGCAAUGCAAAAUGCUUUAUUUUGCUGUGCAACAUUCCACCUUUUCAUUCCAUUCGUGAUUGCAAGAAUUCAGAAAUCUUUAAGUCUGGCAAAGGCACUGAGGACAAGCAGAGGCCAUUUCACAUUACUGGUCUGUUUCAUGUAUAUACUUGACCACAACAUCAAUGUAAAUAUAUAGAAUUCAUUUUAAAUAUCUUUUAAAUAUUGUUUUGUCUAUGGUAUCAUAAAGAGAUUAGAGAUUUAAUUAUUUCUGAGCUAUGCUUGAUAUUCCUGUGACAUCUCAGUACCUGUGAAAAAGAAUAUGCAUUUGUCAGCAGUGUCUCUCCCAUGCAGUCUUGCACAUUAGCAUUAUGAAACGAGAAUUCGCAUUGGAAUCAGACCUGGGUUUUUUCCAUCAAAGGUUUAACCAAGGACAUCCGAAUUCCCUAGUGUCAGUCACAGUAGAUGGGACAAAAGUGAGUUGGAUUUUAGUAUUUUAUGCACCAUAUUAGCCCAUUGUUUCAGCUGUUUGUGCUCUGCAGUGCUCAUGUCAGAGCCAGCCACUGAGCUGAUGCUGCCCUGGUCACAGCAUGUGCUCUGCCUCUGUGCUGGGUUCAGCAGGGAAGCCCACAUGUAGGUAACUUCAUUUCUGACUUAAAAGACAUUGUUAUAAACCAUCUGAUUUAACAGUGUACCUUACCCACACUGUGACUGUGAGGCCUGAUGUGCUAUAGAUGUUCCUCUUUCUCUCUUUCCCUGUGCACACCCCCAGCUGCAGGACACACCUGAGUGUGUGUUGGUGGAUACACACUCAUGCACAAGCAGUGCUUCACAGCCAUCAGAUUCAACACAAACCCAGCUCUUGGUGGGGAUGGAGACUUCCCACAUUCCUCACAGCAUUUCAGUUCCACUUGGUCUCAGCUGAGACCAUUGUGCACCUUUGCAGCAUUGGCCCUGAGUUGCUUGGACUGAACUACCAUUAACAAUAAGGUUUUGUAUGUGUUUUAAAAUCCAAUAGCAGACUUCUAAGACAUCAGGCUUCUUUUGUGAAUAGCUGCGAGGUUGUAAGAUCCUAUGGUGGUUUUGUGUAAUAUUCAAAAAAUGGCAGUUACCCUCAUCUGUUUUCUGUAACACAAAGUGUAUUGAGUUAUGUAAAGCAGACUUGGAAGGUGUGAAAGGUUUCCAACUUUAUUUGUGCAUGUUUAUAACUUUGUACACAUUUGCAUUAGUCUUGCACAGCUACAGACACCUCUAUUCUAAUGACUGCACGUGCAAUUUAAAUAAUUUUAAACCUUAGUGCAUGUUUAAUAUGUAUGCAAAAUGUACAUACGUGUAAAACUGGCAGAGGUGGAAAAUUUACCUCUCAGGGAAUGAUCUUAACACAUUUAAGGAGUCUCGCACAUUCCAUAUUCCGAUCGCGCUAAGAACUGAAAUUAUUAAUUAAUUCCAUGUGUGUAAGUGUGUAUAUUUAAAAGGCAACUGUGGCAACCUUAAUUUCCCCACCUCUAGUACUGACAGUGACUCACAUAAUGGCUUCUUUAGAAUUCAGUUUGCACUUUGUGUCCAACUAGGAACAACUUCCAUUGUAUCUUCUGGGUACCAUUUCCACUGAACCUUGUAAACACAUCUGAAAUCAUUACAAAAUGGCAGUAAUUUUGAAUUUAUUUAGCAAAUUGGUCCCAUGUUUGUUUUUUAUUCUUCCUGCAGUUAAAAUAAUGUAAAAAUAUGAACCCAUCUUCUUUGCAUUCCAGGGAAUGGAAUGAGUAGGCUUCUGGAAGGCACAGACUCAGUCACAAAGGAGCUGUAAUCCAUCUCAGCAGGGAUACUCAGAGUCUUUGUGGAAUAUCAUUAAGACACUCAUGUGGUUUCUUGAAUCAGUGUGGGGAAACAUUGGGCUUCAGUGAACUUGUAUUUGUUCUUCCAUGUCCUCUCUGGAAUGUCACACUACCACUGGGGGAAGAUCUGUGCAUCCCUUUCAGGUUCCUCAAAAUCUCACUCCCUGUUUCUUCCACAAGAUGUUGUGAACUGAAAUGGAUGCGUUUGUCUGAUCACCAGUUGUGCAUCACUGGAAUUGUGUCGGAACACACUUUGCAGUUUGUAUGGUAGAGACAUUUCUAGACUUUCUCACGUUUUUGGAGGAAGGUUAAGAUACAGACUUUAGGUUCAAUAAAUCCUCUUACAGAUCUCCAGAGUGAUGUGACCUUGACCAGAUUGUUUAACAUUCUUGUGCCUUUGUCUCUGCAUCUGUAGUAUCAAUUACCACCUAUAGAGAUGUCCUGAAACUCCAUUUGUUGAGAUGUAUAAAUCAUGAUCAGUAUGAUGGAAGUGUAAAGUUUAUUCUAUAUUAAUAUUUUUACAGGGUGUGUAAGACAGUUCCCAGUAAUGCUGAUGUUUUUGCUAUUGAUUUGUGCAGAAGUUAACUUAAGUACUUUUUUUUGUUCAAAUGGAUGUUCUUUGUUCUCUUCUGUGUAGACUGAAUGCAUGGGGGAAAGCUCCUUUUGGGGAAAAAGAUUUAAGUAACGUGUAACGAGAAUAUACUUAUAAACAAGGGUAUUUUUGUACUCCAGUUUGAUUUGUCAGAACUUUUUCAAAUGACAAAGGAUUUUCUUAGCCCUUUUUCCUCUUCCCACGUAUUAGUUUGCAGAAAAUACAUAACUGGAUGUAACUCUGAAACCCUCACCCUCCAAGCACAGGCAGUGUGUGCAGCCCCUAUAGCACCUCCUGUCCCUGUAAUUCUAGAGCAGUGAUGAGAACACAGAAACUCUUGGCUAUAGGGAAGUAAUGCACUACUCCUCUCCUGGAAUGAGGUAAUAGUGUGGUAAUAAAGGUAUUAGUUCUUGCACAAAAUUGGAACUUGUUCUGGAUUUCCCCUGGAAAACAAAUCUCUAUUUCUGUGGUCAUGUUUAUGUGACCUUUAACAUAACAAUCUGUUUCUCUUGGUUUUAAUCCACAGACCAUUCCUGUAGUGGUAAGUCCUUCUGCUGGGACAGUGGCAAUGAGAACUGGAGUUCAGUAUGUUCAGACCACAAUGCCAGUCCAAGUACGAAGAGUCUAACUGCUAACAAGAAGUUCAUACAAUUGUUGGAAUAAAAAAAUCUAAUAGAAAUGUGAUAAAUAAACACAGUUCUUUGGAUUAACCUCAGAGGUUCAGACUUUAGCUUUGUGUAUGUGUACAAAGCAUUAAUUACACUACAUUAAUGUAAAGCAUUAGUGCUGGCUUAGAAAAGCUAAGGACAGGUAAGAUCCAUAUUAAAUCUAUGCUUCUUUUGUAAAUAAUGUACAAUUUGUGGAUGUCAUUAGAGUACCAUCUCCUUUUUAUAUUUGUAUUGACUUUAACUUAUAAAGAGUGUUUGAAGUUGGAAAAGGGAGGUUUAAAAGAGCCUUACCACAACCUAAUGCUGAGAACUGGUCUUGGGAAACUGCAUCAAAUAAUCUGAUACAAAAAAUCUGAAAAACUUUUUGCAUUUGGAGUGAAAAAAUUUUCUGCACUUUGAAACUCUUGUGGAAUUUUUCUGAACAACCAAGUGAUGAAGGAUAUCUCCUUUCAACUAACUCUGUUAGGCAAAUUAUGGACCUGAAAUCCAUAAAAAUGUAAACUGUUUUUCACAAUGACCAGGCUGACAACAAAUCUUAAUGUUGUUUACAGGUUAAAAUUAUUUUAAAAUUUCAUUCAGUCUAAGAUCAGAAAAUUUGCAAAGUGUAAUAGCAGCUGGUUGUAGCAGGAUUUCUGAUUGCUGAUAUCAAAGAUUGAGGAAAGUAAAGUUUGUUGCUAUGCUUCACAGUUUUCUUAUUUUUUAAAAAUCCUCCUAAAGGACUUGGAAGAAGAGCUAGGUGUGGAAUAAAACAUGCAUUGGGAAACAUGGGCAAAGGACUUUUGAUGCUGGGCCAGAGCAUGUAUUAUUUAUAUGAUGGAAUUUAUGUUUUUCUGUAAGCAUGAAGCAGUGCAGUAUGAGAGGAAGUACCCCCUGGAGAUGCUGUCUGUUACACUGAGGCUGUAGUCCCAUUUUGUAUGUUGUGUAAAAUGAAAGCAUUGAACAAAGCAAAGGUGAUGUAUGUAUAUGAGAAAAUUACUGUAUGAUAUCAUUCCAGUACAUCCUGUUGUACAUUUUAGUCAUGUUGAUUUCUCCCAUUGUUUAUAUAAGAAUGCGGUUUGUACAGUCUCCAGCUAGUACCCAGAUUAGAGGGGAAAAAAGUAUUAGAAUAAAAAAAAAAAGUCAGAACAGAAUAUUCAUUAAUUGCAGUUGUGUCAAAACUAGCCUAGCUGGCCUUAUUUGUGAAGCAUAAUUGCUUUUAGCAUAUGGAAGUAUUUUUUCACAUUUUCUUUGUAUAAAAUUUGUAUUAAACUUAAAUAUCUUUUUUGACAAUUGUGUUUUUUUGUGACUAAGACAGGUGACACACACAAUAUGCUUUGGGUUUCUCCAAUUUUUCAAGAAACGUCACAAUUUUUUUAUUAAACUGUUGUAGAAAAA